UCUAAGAGUCACCCAGUUGAGAGCUCGCAGUUGUGCAGAGGUCACUCAUGAAACCAGACGAAACCCAAGUGAAAGAGGACGAUUCGUAUCCACGGCAGUUUAUCAACCCAAGUCCAAGAAUGCCAAACAUUAAAGUGUUUACCGGGACCUCGCACCCAGACCUAGCUAAGAAAAUCGUCGGUAGACUAGGAAUCGACUUGGGAAAAGCUACGACGAAAACGUUCAGCAACAAAGAAACUAGCGUCGAGAUUGGAGUGUCUGUCAGAGGCGAAGAUGUAUAUAUCGUCCAAAGUGGAUGUGGUGACAUCAACGAUAACCUCAUGGAGCUCUUUAUCAUGAUCAACGCCUGCAAGAUUGCGUCAGCGUCUAGAGUAACAGCAGUUAUACCGUGUUUCCCUUAUUCGAGGCAAGACAAAAAAGAAAAGAGUCGCGCCCCUAUCGCAGCCAAACUUCUCGCUAAUUUAAUAUCUGUGGCGGGAGCCGAUCACGUUAUCACCAUCGACUUGCACGCGUCACAAAUCCAAGGGUUCUUCAAUAUACCAGUAGAUAAUCUGUAUGCGGAGCCUGCGGUUACCAAAUGGAUUCAGGAGAACAUUCCAGAAUGGAAGAGCAGUGUGAUGGUGUCCCCGGACGCUGGGGGAGUAAAGAGGAUGACCGCCAUCGCUGACAGACUGGACAUAGACUUCGCGAUUAUCCAUAAAGAGCGACAACGAACGGUGGAGACGGAUGAGUCCACCGUCCUAGUCGGAGACGUGAGAAACAGGACGGCCAUCAUGGUCGACGACUUGGCGGACACUUGCGACACUAUCGUUAAAGGAGCGCAGAAAUUGCGCGAAGCUGGUGCCAAUAAAGUGUACGCUAUUGUGACACACGGAGUUCUAGCAGGGAAUGCUAUUGACAAGAUAAAUAAUUCUUGUUUAGAAGCUUUUGUCAUCACAAACACGAUUCCUCAGGAUAAGCUUGUGAAGAUUUGCCCCAAGCUGCAAAUUAUAGACAUUUCAAUGAUGCUGGCAGAGGCUAUUCGAAGGACUCAUUACGCGGAAUCUGUUUCGUAUUUAUUCACAAACGCGCCUUACUAAAAUUCUAAGGGUUUGAUUAAAUGAACGAAGUAAAGCAUCUUAUCCAGCCAGAUUAAUCUUCGAAAAAAUGUAUGCGAAUUUACAGUUUGCCUCUUUAUAAUAUUUGUAUAAAAUUGUAUGUAAAAAUUAACUUAAGUAUCAAUAAAAAUUAUCAGAUGAA